CCAGUAGGUGGCGCUGCUCGCGGUACCGCAGCCUGGAGAGGUGAUAAAAGCUGCUCGGUCCCUUUUUCUAACUGCGGCACCAAAGCGGAAGUACUUCAUUGGUCCUCCAAGGCCAAGAAGAUCAACGCUACGCAAGCAGCAAGAUGGCUCACAGGCUGCUAAUACGUAGAAUUUCGACGUUCUCUGCGAAAAAUAUCAGCUGCCUCCGACCAUCGACUACCGCCUCCUCUUCUUCUUUUUCCACCUCCCUGCAGUCCGCCUCCACCCGGGUCUCCUUCCUCUCUCCCUCACGCACUCUGCCUCGCUCCCUGCCUCACACCUCCCUCCGGGAAAUCUCCUUCAACGUUCAGGACCACGAAGACUUCACAGACAGGGUCAUCAACAGCGAGCUGCCCGUGCUAGUUGACUUCCAUGCACAGUGGUGUGGUCCCUGUAAGAUCCUUGGGCCGAGGUUGGAGAAGGCUAUUGCAAAACAGAAAGGACGUGUUGCCAUGGCAAAAGUUGACAUAGACGAUCACACAGACCUGGCUAUUGAAUAUGGGGUUUCUGCUGUCCCAACAGUAAUCGUCAUAAGGGGAGGUGACGUCGUCGACCAUUUUGUGGGGAUCAAAGAUGAUGAUGAGCUGGACUCAUUUGUCAGCAAGAUCAUUGGACAAUAAACCAGCUGUCCCCCGCGCUGCCAUUCACCACCGUCAUGGUGCUGUUUUGUAAGGUUUUGGCCAUCAACAGCUAACGAAUAAAAACAUUGCUGCAAUCCAAGCUGGCAAACACUCAAAUGCUCACACCCAUCCCUAGACACGCUGCUUCAGCUUUGCAUCAUCGCUUCUGUCCUUUGUCUCCUUCUGUUUUCUUUUUUUUAUUUGUCUAGAGAUGGGUGUGUGCUUCCAUUAACCCUUUAGUUCAUGCCAUGCUCCAUUUUGCAGCAGUUCCAUUUUCUCUUCAACAAUGUGACGACUCCACAGCUCUACUUAUUACAAGAGCAGCUGGGCCGGUGUGUACGUUUGCUGUUAAAGUCUGUAGAAUGGAAAAUAAACCGCUGUACUGCACUUAUACUGUAUAACAUGAGGGAUGAACAUUUCUAGUUUUAGCAGUUGGAGAGGAUUUAACUUAAAAAAACUGACGAUACUGAAUGAGGUUUGUGACAGUGUUACUUGUAGUUCCUGCUUUUGUCCACACGAUGGUGGCACUUCUCUAACAUCGCAAAGCCACACAUGGUCAUUUUACACCAUUAUGCCUAAUAAUGUGAGAGAGGAAGAUUUGUGUGUGUUUGUAUGUAUGUGUGUGUCUCUGGAUCCUGACUGUGAUACUACGUCAAGUGGGAAUUGCAAAAUAUGAGUUUGAUUUAGUUUAUUACUCAAAUGAACUCUAUGUACCGGAAACAUGACCAAGUGAAGUAAUAAAGGAGUCAGAAGAUGUUA